AAGGUCACGGCGCGUCUUUCGAAGGUUGUAACUUUUUUUCACGUGGUAUUAUUUUAUUCUCUUAUUAGUUUUUCCCUUUAAUUUAACAUUUAUUAGCGAUAGAUAACUCGUCACCGAUAGGGUUCUGUCAACGUCAUACAUUAAUUUUGCUAGUUCUCACGCUCUCCAUUAUCACCAAUUAACGGUAAUAUAUUUGAUCUUAACUAAUACUGGAUCUGAUCCUACCAUUAAACUUUACACGUGUAUCAAGUGAAGUUAUAACUGUCGCUAUUCACUUAAUUAAACUUCAUACUCACAUUACUUACAAUAAUGUCCCGGCCAUCUAAAAAACAUAUAAUCUCUCCUGAAGCCUAUAGCGCUUGCAAAAAAUCUAAAUCAGUCACUAAAGCGAAUAAUGUGAAAACUUAUAAACACACUGAUCAGUCUGCAUCCUACUCUGAUCUUCCCUCAGCAACAAUAAACGGGAACCGUUUACUUGGGCACGACAUUUCACUACCUUAUGUAUCGCUUGUAGAUAUAAAUAAGAGCAGUCAUAUGCCGUUAGAGUCGACACCAUCUGCCAGUCCAAACAACAGCAUCACAUGUUGUGAGCAGUAUUUGAACAGUUCGGCUGACCCCAAACAAUCAAAUAUUUUACAAUCGGCCAUCCUGAGUAGCGGUCCACGGAGUACAUGUAAGCCUCCCUACAAUAGCCAGCCCGAUGAUGUAGAUCUUGACUACUCACCCAGAUAUGUACUCCAUCCCCCAAAUAACUAUGCACAAGGCGACCAUCCGGUAGGCACCUGCAACAGGUCUGUGUGUAACCAUAUCGGCCUUAAAAACUUUGAUACACAUUCCAAUAAUCUCAUCACUAAUAGCAGCCAAACAGAACUCAGCUUCACCCAAACUAUCAAAGAUUUAUUACCGUACAAAUAUUUAGUCAAUAUUCCAGAAAAUCCUGAUCUCGAAGUUAUAAAAAACGCCGAAAAAGUAAUUAACCAUAUAUCAUCUGAAGUGUUAAAAAGACUUCAGUGUAUGCAAAAUGUUAUUGUGUAUAAUAUACCUGAUAGUGCGAACGUAAAGAUUGUUAGAAAUACUCUACUACAAGAAUGUGGAUUGUCACAAUCUUGGUGUGUAACAAGAAGAUUACGUAAAAAACACACUAAAGUCUCCUGUCCCAUUCUAUUUCAGUUUGGUAGUACCACUGAAGCUAAUCAUCUCCUCAAUAGUCAGUCAUUACUUAGGCGUAUUCCAACAUUUAAAAAGAUUAGAAUCAUCCAUGAUAGGACUGCUAUCCAGCGUCGAAUCUUCGAUGGAACACAAACUAAUCAACCCAGACUACGUAGCCGUGGCAGCUACAGCGCUUGCCACUGCAUAAAUCCUAAAAAACUAUACACUACCCCUCCCAAAAACGGAGGCACGUCGUAUCCUACUAUUAGUCCUAGGAACAAGACAGCACAUAAAGCAGCUGCGACCACUCAUCCUCAGCCCAAACACCCAACUACCCCAAAAUGCCAACCCACUUAUGCCUCAAUAGUGCCACAGUAUUGCCUCGAUAAGAAGCCUAAAAAUAAUCCUCCCAGGAAGUGCGCCAACAGCUACAGAUGCUCAGACACUGCUGUACGAAAUAAUGCUAAACUCCCUGUAAAAACCCACCAGUACUACAGCACCCCUAACCCAAAACAUGCAACUUUUCAUAACAGUAGAAUGCCCUACAACAAACAUAGUGAACUGGCAGUACCUACUUGUCCUAACGUGAAACGACACUCGAUAAGAACCACACCUACAUGUGAUACUCGUAAGUCAUAUAGUGUGGACCUAACAAGCUCCAUGAACCAGCACACAACUACACACAACAGAAACACCUCUCCUGGUAACAGAGUCAGGCAAUCCUUCUACCCUUACCAGAAACGUACUACCUCCCAAACUACCCAUAAUAGGACUAGAAUUGCCCACCACACACAAGGAAGCCAUAACGUUGGCCUACUUGGGAACCCACCUACUGACUCUAGAUACUAUCUAAAUCAAGCCACCCCAUACAACUCCUUAAUCUCCAAUAAUUCGACAAAUACACCAUCUCAUCCUUUUUUAUCUCUCUCCCCCUCAACAGUGCUGCUUUUGGGUCUCCAAAUGUUGAGGGCGAUAAUCCCAUUAGUCUGAGACCAUCUAUACACUCCGACCCUAUGGGGAGUGGCACACCUUUCUCAACGUCGACAGCUGUCUCUAGUCUUAAAAGCUCCUCGACUGUACCUCCUGAUCACUCCCCGAACACACUACCUAACCAUCCAACUCUACCUUUCAAUCUUAAACAUACUCCUUUCACCAAACUAACUUCCAACUACCUCUCUCGCAUUAACCCUAUUGGUAAUAAACUAAAUGCGCAUCAAUAUGGAGUCCACACUCCCAAUCCUUCUUUAGCAGAUGGCGAAACAGACGAUCCACUGGGUUUGCAACAUACAAUUCUACUAGACAAACACUCACCGUACCUGACACUUAUGUUAAUCAACGCUCGAUCUAUACAAAGUAAGAUGACACAUCUACGCACCCUACUACUUUUAAACAACCCCUCACUUGUUUUGAUAACGGAAAGUUGGCUGUCCUCCGAUAUCACAGACACAUGUCUAAAAAUAGACACCUAUGAGCUCUUCCGCUGUGAUCGAGUCAACAAGAAGGGUGGUGGUUGUCUUGUUUAUGUAUCUAAAAAUCUGAAAGCGGAAACCUAUAGCGACAACAUCCUCAGCAAACUUCCUGAUUCGAUAUGGCUCACUGUGCACACUCAUGAAUGCAAAAUACUAAUCGGAUGCAUAUAUCGAGCUCCUAACACACCUAGCUCAACUGACACAAUUAUAAGUGAGUCAUUUGCUCAGGCUGCCUCGCUUGACUUCACUUACAAAAUUGUUUGUGGUGAUUUCAACCUACCCACCAUUAACUGGACGACACACUCUGGCCCAUUGUGCUUUGAAGGCAUACUUAGGUCCUUAGACAUACACGGUUGGCAACAACAUGUACACCUUCCUACACGAAAUCACAACAUUCUUGACUUGAUAUUCUGUCAUAAUGUCACACCAACAUCAAUAGUGGUUGGCGAAAAGUUUCACAACAGCGAUCAUAAAAUAGUCCUCUGCACCCUUCCGAUUCUUGCCAUGUGCAACAAACUAAAGACAAUAAAUACACGUUUCCAAUAUAGAGACUAUGCAAACGCUGACUGGGAAAACUUUCAAUUUCUAAUAAAGCACUCUGACUGGAGCAGUUUCUUUACCAGUGAUAACCUCUUAGAAACAUUAGAAAUAUUCAAUACCACCAUCAGAUCUGCACUAGACACUACUAUACCCUUUAAAAUUGCUUUUAAGACAACUACUCCCUACAUAAACCAAAAGACUAGGUCUAAACUGCGUAAACUGAAAAGGACGUACUAUAUAUCAAAAGACUUCAGUGCCCUGCACCAGAUAUAUUCUGUACUCGACGGAGUACAAAGUCAACACGACAAGCAUAAACAGGCAGAGGAACAUACUGCGCUCACUGCUGCAUCUAAAACCCAUGCCUUAUGCCGUCUCCUCGCAAAACGCAUAAGAAAGAACGAAGAUAAUAACAUUCACUCCCUACUGCACGAUGGAGUGACGCAUAAUGACCAAACCAUCAUAUGUGAACUAUUAAGUGAAUGGUUUUCCCACAAUGGGAAUACAUCUCAUGUCACAGAUAUCGACACAAAGUGCACCUGCAAAAAUUAUCUUAGUACCAUAAACUUCGACAUAGGGAGUAUUCAUACCGCCAUUAAAACCCUUAAGCCAAAUGUGAGUUCUGGUGCCGAUGGCAUCCCCUCAAUCCUUUAUAAAAUGUCAGGUUUGGACAUACAGACGCUAUUACUCAAAAUAUACACAUUAUCCGUAGAGACAGGUACAUAUCCGGAAACCUGGAAGGUAACGUAUGUUCUUCCAAAACACAAAUCCGGACCGAGAAACCUGGUCGAAAACUACAGACCUAUAAAUAUCACUCCAGUUAUAUCACGCAUAAUGGAAAAAGUGAUAAAAAAUCAACUAUCUGAUCACCUACUUAAGGAAAAUCUAAUAGACCCGUCACAACACGGCUUCAUUAGAACAAGGUCGUGCAGUACAUGUCUGAUAGACUUCUUUAACGAGGUUACUCGCAUACGUGAUCAAAAGAAACUGGUGGUUAUACUAUAUUUCGAUAUUAAGAAAGCUUUCGAUAAAGUACCUCAUAAUCUUCUAAUCAACAGACUUAAGUCAGUUGGAAUUAUAAAUCCCCUUUUGCAAUGGAUCAAAUCUUUUCUUACGAACAGAUACCAAAUAACCAAGAUUGACUCUACAACAUCUACACCUCGACCAAUAUCCAGUGGUGUUGUGCAGGGUAGUGUCUUGGGUCCAUUGCUCUUUAUAAUAUACAUCAACAGUAUAUGCAAAUGCUUUAGCACAGGUAAGACCUACCUCUAUGCCGAUGACUUAAAAGUCAUCUAUAAAACCGACACUUGGGAUGUACGUAGUACUAUUCAAACAAUCCAACAUGAACUCAACAUAGUAGAUGACUGGUGCAAACGCUGGAGGUUAGAGCUCAACACAGAGAAGUGCGGCUGGUUAUGUAUAGGAGACACGUCUCUCAAAAUAAAACUAACAAUUAACAGCAACGCACUGUCCAGACUGGCAUCAGUAACUGACUUAGGGGUACACUACUCACAACGUCUUAAUUUCUCUGAACACAUCUCAGCCAAAGUAUCUAAAAUGAGGAAAUUGCUUGGCUUCAUUCUCCAUAAUUUCUAUAAAAAUGAAUCCAAAAUCCUUCUUUAUAAAGUUUGUGUAAGACCUAUCGCUGAAUACUGCUCGUUCUUCUUUUCCAACCUACGCCUAUCUGAUAUACUAAAGGUGGAAGGAAUACAACGAGACUUCACCCGCAAAAUACUUAAGACUGAAUCAGUCGUUGACUACAGUUCCCGAUGCCAAAUCCUAAGAAUAGCACCCCUUUGGAAGAGAAGGCUUAGGUCUAAUUUGAUUCUAUACUUCAAACUACUCAAAAACCUUACUUACUCAACAUGUAAUAUAGUUCUUGCCCGAAAUUCACAUGAAUAUGUACUUCGAAACAAAGAAUCUACGGUCAAAGUUGAGAAAUACAGAUCAAAAACUCGGGAAAACUUCUUCCUCAUCAAGUAUGCAAUAAUUUGGAACAGUCUCCCCUCCGAAAUACGCAUGGCAGAUGAAUUACAUACAUUUGUAAGGCUGCUUGAUCAAGCCCUCAUUUGCACUGAUCUAACACAUACGAACAGAUCUGCGCCCCACUCAGAUAUCAUAGGCUCUCUACAUGUCUAAACCAAAAUGGACUCCAAGUUCAGAUUGCCUUAUUUUUCCUACUUUGCAGUUGUUUUAGUUACUUUUCCCACUCUAUUUCUUCACUUAAAGUAGACAGGUAACUCACUGGACCUGCUGAUACUGUCCAACUAAACUCGGUCGCUAAGAGACACACUAGCACCCUAAAAAGUCAAGAGAACCGCGCAAUCGACUGCCUAAUACCGAUCGAACUGCAUCUUUGAAGCCUGUUACCCAUCAACUGGUUAGGACAACACAAAAGAACAUCAGCACCAAGUUAGUGUGAUUCUAUCCUUGUUUAUUGCUUAUUUGCUUCUUACUCUACUGCACACCAUGUUGACUUGCAAUUAAUAUUAUUUCUCCACUCGUUACCUUAUCUACAACCCAUAUACUUUUCCGCCCGCUUUAUUAAACUUCUAUCCUACAUUACACCCCUCUUAAUGCUUAUACUUUAAUAGGCAAACUAUACUUUAUACUAUAGUCAAUUAAAGCACUGCAUCGAUGCCUUACCCACAGUUCAUAAUUUGUAACUGCCUGAUAAGCUUGUAAAAUGGUACUUAUAGAAAUAGUGUUUUCCAACAGAUUGUGAAACAGAGGAUUGUGUGAGGUAUGAUAUAUAUCCAAGAAUAAGCUUAAAUGAGCCUAACAUCACAAAAGGAGGGAGGGUGGAGUUACUGACCAGCAAGCAUUGAUGAUGAGGGCGAUGACUUCAAUCCACCCGUGUUUGUGGGGCAGAACAUUUUGUAUGUAUCAGGCUCUCUAUGAUUGAGCAUAAGUCAAUCAAUCUGUGAUAUAAAUUAUCUUCCUACGCUCACCACUCAGACUCAUGUUUCCAAUUUUAUACUGGAGUAGCUAUUCUACUAAGACAACCUAUAACAUGCUAACUCGGACUUUUACACAUGGAUUGUGUGGCUGGCAUCGGAUGAAAAAAAAAGAAAGAAAAAAUCAGACAACAAAAGAUAUAGUUAUUAAUAUUUUCAACACUUCACCCUUUAUAUGCACACUCCCUUCUAAUAAACAACUUUCCCUGUACCAACCUUAACUUCCCUUCCUUCAUAUGAGCUUAAUCCAACUUGUUAAACAUCACAAUUCAUUGUUCUUUAUUACUACAUUCUCUUGAAUGGAGCCUCUGACUUUAUUUCACUCUAACAAGAGAUAAUAUGAAUUUAAUCUAAUUUAUUAUACCUUUGUCUGUUCUACGUAAUGUUAAGCAACGUUUGGAGUCCAUAUCCAAGUGCCUUGUUGCUCUGCUGUUUCUCUUUUUUAUUUUCUUCAGAAUCUUGCUCCGAGGGCACAGCUAUGAAACUUCUGACGUCUGGAACAAACUUGACGUAAGCGUCAACUCAAGGCCAUGGUUUAUAACAAGCGCUCUACGAGACUACUUUAUAACAACUAUAAACUUAAUAAGUUAGGAAGCAUGCUAUGCUCCAACUAAUGUUAUAAUUUGUAGAUCAUGCCUGUAAAAAUGGCGUGUACCUGC